AUGUCUGAUCCUGAGUUGGACUGUCUCCUGAAGGAGAUGAGUAGCGUUGUCGAUGAGGCUGAACAUCAGGCUCACCUCCAAAACCUCCAACAGCUCAUUAGCCAGUCAGCAGAACCAUCCACCAGUCAGCCUUCCACCAGUUAUCCAUCAAACAGCAAGCAAGACGUUAGGUGGAAUAAGAGGGACAGUGAUGGAAACAUUAUUUCCGGCAGGCCCAGAUCAUCCCGCAAACAAGCAGCAGGUCCCAGUCACAGCCAGAGUCGGAAGACUGGUGUCUCUAAUGUCAGGGCUCCGGACACCAGUGGGGAAGUGACCAGUGACUUUCCUUCUGUUACUGCGGAGUCCUUCCUUCAAGAGCUUAAACGCUCACUGGGUGAGGACAUACAUGAGGAUGAAACGCCACCUCAAGCCUCAACAGACUGGUCGACCCGAAAGAGCCUCAUAUCAGGGUGGUGGGAGAAAGAGAGACCCCGUCUGGUCAACACCAUGGUGGCUGGACAACAUGCGGCAACUCGGAUCUGCCAACACUGUGGAAACGGUCCAGCCGUUAUCCGUUGUUGUGACUGCCGACCACACCCAUUCCUCUGUGGCCAAGGCGUCUUGUACCUUUGGAGAUGCCAGAGACAAUAUGUGUUUGUCUACGAGGAUCGUCCACUGUCAACAUAG